AUGAUCUUUGUUGAAUUUUAAAGGGUUUCCUGCCCUUGUCAAUAACAUACUGACGAGAUGCCUGGGGUUCUGGCAAAGACGGACCCAAAAAGCGUGGCUAAUAAGGCUUGGACGCUUGCAGAAAUGGUAGAAGAGACCAGAGGAAAGCUACAUCUCAAAGAAAGAGACGUAAAUGCUUUCUACGAGAGUUGUGAAGUGAAAAAGAUGGAGGGUGAGAAGAUCAUAGCCAAUCUACGAAAAGAAAACAAGCGAAAACGACGAUAUGUGGCUGAGUGUAUGUCAGGACAUGAAACUGUUAUCAAGACAGCUUUGCAUCACAGGAAAAAGGAGCUUCUUUCUUUGCGAAGGUUUACAUCGCAGGCGAAAAUUUAUCGAAUGAUGAAAUUCAAACAUUAUGAUUACCAGGAGCUGGAACAGGAAAUAAGACGUUUACAGAAUGAAAUUGACAAAGCUGUCAUCAAAGUUGGAGCAGCUAAAAAUAUAACUUGUAGAUACGAGGCUAUUAUGGACACAUUAAAAACAGCAUAUUUAAAGGUACUGCAUGCAGUAUACAUUUACUGUAAAAUUCAAAAUGAAAAAGUUUAUAUUUUUAUUUUGUGUGACAAUAACUGUACUUUAAAUAUUGAGGAGGUCCUCAACUACCCUGCCAUACUUGAUUGCCUCGAGGAGAAGCUAAAGGAAUGUACCACAGAGGCAGAAGAAUUGUUAGAAAUGAAAAAGAAGGCAAUCAUAUCUAGCGAAGAUUCUAGGCGUGAUCUUCACACAAUGGAGAGAGAAAUGUACCAGGCUAAACGUGCUCGAGACCAGAAAUUAAAUGACAUGAAGAAAGACGUGGAGAAACGUAAAGAAUUGGCUGACAGGACAGACAAAAAGCAACAGCAACGUGUAGCAUUAAUCAGUGACACAAGUGAUUUUAAACAGGCAAGGUUACAGAAUGAAAAAAUUGAGAGACAGGAGAAAAUUCUGACAUUGGAAGAUGCCUUUGAGAGAAUUAUGAAUGCAACACAUGUAUCUGACAUAGAGGAUAUACUGUACCGGCUUCAAAACCAAGACUUCACAUACCAGCAGUUACGUAGCAUGGAGAAAGAGAAAAUGUUGAAGAGAAAUUUUGUGACCGAGGAACUUACAAAUCUACGUGAAGUGUUCGAAGAAAUAAAGUUUACAUUUGAAAGGCAGAUCAAGCAAGGAAGAAAUGCAGUUGAGAGUAUGGCAAAUUAUGUACAAGAACAAGAAAAGAAACGUGACAUGGUGGUAGAGGCAUACCAGAGAGAUAAUAAACUUUUAAUGGACCUCCAGUCUGGUACAGCGACCAUCUUGGAAAAACUGAAAGAUGUGAGGCUCAAGCCGCCAUACCACAACUUUUUGAAAGGUGAGCCAAUAGACGACUUACUGCAGUGUCGACGUAAACUGGAUCUUCUGCUCAGUAACCUAGGAAUGAAAGGAGGUAUGCCGUCUCCUUCAUACAAGAUAGAAAGUGAAAAGCUAAACGAGUACUUGGAAGCAAGACUUCCACCAGAUAACAUUCGAAUACGUAUAGAAAGUGAUGAUCUUAGUGACACUGACGACUUUCACUUCGAUCACGACCAAGAAAACGACGGUUUUACAUCAAGAGAAGAAAUAAAACGCCAAGGGCAGGACAUUCUGAAUUCCAAAUUAAAACCAAAGAAAAAGAAGUCUAGGAAACGCAACAAUUAGAAACCUUAGUUUAUUUCUUAUUUUUAAGGCAUUUUGUUUCUUAUUUUUAGGGCAUUUUGUUUCUUAUUUUUAGGGCAUUUUAUUUAUUUUUAGGGCAUUUUAUUUAUUUUCAGAUUCAAUUCACUCGGGGAUGGAAGUCUUUUUCCAUGCACUUAACAUCUUGUCAAAAUUGAUAUUAUUUUUAUUUAUUUCUAUAAUGGGAAGGAAUUUAAAUAAAACAAAAUAAUGUAAUAUUAUUA